AUGGCUACAUCAUCAGCAAUUCGAAUCAAAUUCAUGAUAACUACACUGAAUGAAAUUAAUGUAUUUUCUAGGGAUUUCACAACUGAAAAUAAUACCAAAGCACAAAUACAGGUACAACUAGAAGAAAUCUCUACCAUGGCUGACAAAUUUGAGGAUUGCCAGGCCCAAAUAGAAAGUGAUGACACAAAGACUGAACAAGAAUAUAUUAAUGCCAGAUGUGGGUUCCGAAAACUUUUGUUUGAUACAAAGUCAACGUUGUUAGAGCUUUUAGAGCGGUGUGAUAGAGCCAAUGAGUCUUUGACCACUCCAUCGUAUAGCCAUAAUUCAAAAAAUAAAAAACUUAAUAUGUUAAAGCUUCCUACUCUCAAGCCUCCUUCAUUCAAUGGUGAUUGGCAACAGUGGACGGCCUUCAUUGAUGAUUUUGAUACCAUUUUUCACAAAAAUGAAGAUGUACCAAUUAUUCAAAAAUUUCAUUAUUUAAAAACAUGUGUUGAAGGCCCAGCAAGAGAAGUAAUUCAAAAUUUUAAAACAACAGAAGAAAAUUAUCAGGUAGCCUAUGAUGCUUUAAAACUGAGGUAUGAAAAUAAAAGUGCAAUUAUACAAUCACAUAUACGGUCUUUACUUACAACACCUAAGGUGACAGUGGCUUCGGCUAGCGAGUUACAACGGUUACAUUACCAUAUUUCUUCAAAUAUUAAUGCUCUAACAGCCAUCAAUCAACCAGUGGAUAAAUGGGAUGCCUGGUUAGUGACUCUCAUGUGUACCCGGUUAGAUAAUGUAACUGUUGCUGAAUGGCAACUCAAACAAGACACAAGGGAUUUACCCAAGUAUAAGGAUUUAGAGGUGUUCUUGUUUAAUCGUAUAACAGCUUAUGAAGCGGGUGACAUUGCAACGGUAUCCUAUCCAAAUGAAGCAGUAAAAAACGACAUGACCUACAAGGCUCGUACUAAAAAGGUUUUGUUAGCAGAUGCUAAUAAUGAUAAGCACACACAAAAGCCUUUUAAGGCUCCACGUUGCAACUUGUGUGCAGGCCCACAUAGAUUGCCUAAUUGUAUGCAGUUUGAUGCAAUGAACAUGAAGGAGCGCCGUGACCUCGUUGAAAGGGACAGAUUAUGCUUUAAUUGUUUGUACUAUGGACACGGUGUUAGCAAGUGUAGGCAUUCUUCAUGUCCCAAAUGUGGUAAACGUCAUCAUGAAAAAUUGCAUAUUGAUAGCGCACCAUUGGAUCAAUCGUCAUCAGAAUCAGACAAAGUUGUUUGCAUCGCUGAAGUUCUUACAUCCCAAAUUAACAUAAAUGCUGCUUCCAAAUCAACUAACAACAGGAUCAUAUUAGCUACUGCUAUUGUUUACAUUACUGAUAUAAAUGGUACACCUCAGCCAUGCAGAGCAGUGAUUGACUCAGGUGCUGAGAUCAGCUUGAUAACUGCCACCUGUGCUAAACGUCUGCAAUUACCAUUUGAAUCAUCGCCAUGUCCUAUUUCCGGUAUAGGAAUGAUCAAUUCAAAGGUUAGCUCCGUCAUCAAUGCCAAGUUGUCAUCGCGCAUCAAUAAUUAUUACUUUACCAAUCUACAGUUUCACGUACUCAACAGCAUAACAAAUAAAAUGCCUCAUCAAUAUUUUGAUGUUAGUGCUCUGGAAAUUCCAGAAUCAAUUAAGACUCAAUUGGCUGAUCCAGACUUCAACAUCCCUGGACAAAUUGAUAUAUUGCUUGGAGCUGAGGUAUCAUAUAGUAUUUUUAAUGGACAAAAGUAUCCUUUAUCUGAUUGCGCCAUUCUGCAUCAUACUAGUUUAGGAUGGGUAUUAGCUGGAAAGGCUUUUCUAUCAUCAGUUAAUACCAAUAAUGAAAUACCGGCACGUCAUCCCAGUAUAAAUUCAGCAUUAGCCUUGCUAAGCACUAAACCUGAAUCACUCCGGCAAGAGGAGGCUGAAGUUGAAAGGCACUUCUUGGAAACUGUUAGUCGUGACAAACAUGGUAGAUUUGUUGUGCAACUACCACUUCAUCAACCUAUUGAUGAUCUUGGCGAUUCUCGUUGCAUGGCUGUUCAAAGACUUUUCAAUGUGGAAAAACGCUUAGCUAAGGAUCCAUAUUUAGCCACCGAAUAUCACAAGUUCAUGGCAGAAUAUCUAGCUCUCGGUCACAUGGAAGUGGUACCAGCGAAUGAAGCCGAAAUUAAAUCAUACUAUCUGCCCCACCAUGUAGUUAUCAAAUCCACUAGUUUCACCACUAAGGUACGAGUCGUUUUCGAUGGUUCAGCGAAAAGCAAGUCUGGUUUUUCUCUCAAUGAUAUAUUGUCACGGGGACCAGCCACCCAGCCUGAGCUUUUUUCAAUAUUAUUGCGCUUUCGUGUGCAUAGAUACGUCCUUACUGGAGAUGUAGAAAAAAUGUAUAGACAAGUCAGAGUAUCCUCUUCAGAUUGUAAUCUACAACGCAUAGUGUACAGAAGCUCUCUCGAAGACCCUGUAAUUGACUAUAGACUGCUCACAGUAACAUAUGGAACAAGGUCUGCAUCGUUUUUAGCUACAAAAUGCCUUUCUCAACUAGCUAAUGACACCACUGUUGCGUCCGUUAGCCGUGCAAUAAGCGAGGACUUUUAUGUCGAUGACUUGAUUACUGGAGCCUCAUCUAUAGACGAAUGCUAUGCAAUUUAUACUGAGUUAUGUCGAGUAUUGAAUGCAGCAGGCAUGCCAUUAAGAAAGUGGUGUUCAAAUUCUCCAUUACUGCUCAAUCAAAUUCCAUAUACUCAGGACGAUCCAUCUUACUUAUUGAAGCUUAAUGAUGAAGACACCAUAGUACUCUAG